AUGGAAGAAGAAGGCCAAGAUGCGCUGGUUGACUACGACAGCGAUAGCAGCUUUAUCACGGUAAUAGAUAGAGAAGCAAAAAAUAAAAACGAGGAGACAGUAAGAAAAGAUAGAGUCAGAGAGAAUAUAGAUGUGACCAAAGCAUGGGAAGAGAACCGUCCAGUACUGCCAAUGGGAACCAAAAUAUUAUAUGAAAAGCAAGAAAAAUUGGUCGCAAAAAUGGACAAUUGGAUGCAAAUGCUGGAUAAAGUAAUGACGAAGGCCACCGAGAUGAUGGAGAAUAUGGUGGAAGUCUCCCGUUUAAACUUAGAGAAAGAAAAAGUUAAACUUAGACGUUUAGAGUUAGAAGCAGAGACUAAAAACGAGAAUAGAGAAAAAUUAGAGAAACCCGAAGUCAGGGUACAGAGGGCUGCUGCAGAAGAGAACAUGAAACAAGUGAAAUGCUACAGAUGCAACCGAAUGGGUCAUAUGGCGAAGGACUGUCCACUAAUAGAAUUUGGUGCCUGGUUUUGUUACUACUGCCAGGAGAUACGAGGUCACAAGGGUGAUAAUUGUCCGAGUGCCGAAGCCCAGGCGAACAGAGCUAGAGGAAAAAGGUAUUUAAAUAAAACCGUUAAUAAAAACAUAAAGAAAAAGGGUAGAUUUGUGCAAAAAGGCACAAAAAGAGUAGAUAACAAAGGAAAAAUAACCAAGAUACAACCAGCUGAGAAACCUAUAUCAACGAAAACAGCAAAUGAAGGAGAAUCAGAAGAAGGUAAACAAUACAUGGUUAAAUUAAUAGAAGAUAGAGAUAGUUCAAAAGAGAGCAAUGAAUUAUCCAUUUCGGAGGAAGAAUUAGAUGAGAAGGAUAAUGUUGGUUCUGCGAUUGGGAAGGAGAAUGAAGAAGAGCUCACAAAUGUGAACGAAAAUAUAGAACACAACAAUGCUAAACUCGAGUAA